AUGGGCGCUGGACAGUCGACUGGGGGUGGAGAAGCACCUGGGGGUGGCGGCGAGAUCAAGACUAGCUACUAUGAGCUGCUGGGCGUAGAGAGGACAGCUACACAGGACGAACUCAAAAAAGCAUAUCGCAAGAAAGCGCUCGAACUCCAUCCCGACCGCAACCAUGGCGACACCGAACGCACCACUGCCCUCUUCGCCGAGAUCCAGACCGCAUACGAAGUCCUUUCCGACGACCAGGAACGCGCGUGGUAUGACGCCCAUGAAGGAGACAUAUUGCGGGGUGGUAGUGGGGAAGGUGCGACUGAAGACCACUACCAGGGCAAUAUGCGCAUGACGACAUCACAUGAUUUGACACGGAUGAUGGGCAAAUUCAGAGGCAAUGUAGACUUCUCCGACUCUCCCAGUGGCUUCUUUGGGUACGUAAGGGAGACAUUUGAGCAGCUGGCAAAGGAGGAGGAAUAUGCGGCAGACUAUGAGGACCUGAGCGUCCCGGACUACCCUACAUUCGGACACAAGGACGAUACACAUGAAGAUGUGGUUCGUGAAUUCUACGCCGUGUGGCACGGGUUCGCAACAGUGAAGAGCUUCGCGUGGAUGGACCAGUAUCGCAUGUCCGAUGCGCCCGACCGCCGCACACGUCGAGCCAUGGAGAAGGAAAAUCAAAAGUUCCGCGACGAAGGAAAGCGGGAAUUCAACGAUGCUGUCAGGACGCUCGUGGCCUUCGUCCGCAAGCGUGAUCCACGAUACAAGCCGAACACAAAGUCUGCCGAUGAACAGGCCAAGGCACAGCGGGAUGCAAGGAAAGCGCAGGCUGCGAAGGCGCGUGCUGCACAAAUGGCAAAACUGGAACAAGAAGCACAAGCACUGCCUAGCUGGGCAACAGCUCGGCCACCAGACGAAGUGGAGGAGGAAUCCGAGGAAGAGAUUGAGGAAGAGCACUACGAGUGUGUUGCGUGCAACAAGACGUUCAAGAGCGAACGCCAAUACGACGCACAUGAGAAGAGCAAGAAGCACCAGAAAGCCAUAUCAGCACUCAAGCGAAAAAUGCAAAAAGACAACGCACAUCUCAAUCUCGACGACGACGUCCUGAGCAGCGAUGCCUUUACUCCUGUCGAAGGCGUCGCGUCUGACACCAAUGGCAUGGAAGAUUCCAUCGAGGAUAUCACAGCUAAAACGCAAGACCUCGAAGUCAAAGACGACGUUGCAGAUGAUGCUGAACAACAAGACGACGGCAUAGAUGAUGACGCACACGAAGAUGACGACGAAAAUGUCCCUUCCACACCCCAAACAACCCAACCCAACGACUCCGAACUCUCAGCCUCCGCCUCAGACGACGAAUACGCCUCCCGUUCCACCAUCGAAGCCCGCCUGCACGGCCUAACUUCAACCAAUGCAUCCACCGCAGACACCGUAACCUCCGACACGCCCCAACCAAAACUCGGCGCCGCCGCAAAGAAACGCAUGAAAAAAGCCGCAAAGCAAGCCGAAGCCGAAGCCACAGGCACAGAUGUAUCCCACAAAUGUCAGGGCUGUGAGGCGACAUUCCCGAGUAAAACCAAGUUGUACAAGCAUCUGGCGGACGUGCCGACACAUGCGGCUUUGAAGAGUGUGCCUGUCGGUGGGGGUGGGGGGAAGGGGAAAAAGAAGGGGAAGAGGGAGAUGAGGGAUUGA